AUGAAGCUCUCUCCAUCCCUCGCAGCCCUGGCGGCAUGCGCUCAACUUGGACACGCAUUGGACCUCGACGUCACAUCACCAGACUCUAUUCGCAGUGCAGCAUCAACACUCGCACAUGGCCUUAUGAACUAUUACCAGAACAACAAGACCGACACACCAAAAGAGUCGAUUGGCACAUUACCUUGGCCUCUGUAUUGGUGGGAGGCUGGCGCUGUCUGGGGCGGUCUCAUUGAUUACUGGGCCUACACCAACGACACAAGCUUCAACGAUGUUGUCAUGCAGGCCAUGAUGGCACAGACUGGCACGGACAACAACUUCCUUCCCGAAGCAUACUACAGCAGCAUGGUGAGUACACUGGCUGUACAACAACUCUACGAGCAGAUCACUGACUUUAACUUAGNNGGUAACGACGACCAAGCCUUCUGGGCAUAUGCCGCCCUCUCAGCCAUGGAGUAUGGCUUCCCCGACCCUCCCGAGGGUUCACCAUCUUGGGAGACACUCGCCACAAAUGCCUUCGACUCGAUGGCCCCACGCUGGGAUACUACAACAUGCAAUGGUGGAUUGAGAUGGCAAGUCUUCGAGUCAAACGCGGGAUACAACUACAAGAAUUCAGUCUCAAAUGGAGGCUUCUUCCAGAUGGCUGCUCGUCUGGCACGCUACACUGGCAACACUACAUACUCUGACUGGGCUGAGCGCAUCUGGGACUGGACCACUGGUAUCGGUUUUAUCGACGAUAGCUAUCGCGUCUAUGACGGUGCUAGCACCACCGACAACUGUAAGCAGAUUGAUCAGCUCCAGUGGACCUACAACCCAGGAAUCUUCAUCUACGGUGCUGCCGCCAUGUACAACUAUACCAACGGUUCUUCUACCUGGGAGACGCGUUUGACUGGCUUGAUCGAGCAAGCCGACCAGUCUUUCUUCCAUGCCUUUGACAAUGCAACCAACAUCAUGGUCGAAGGAGCGUGCGAGCCUUACGAUACCUGCAACACUGAUCAAUUCAGCUUCAAGGCUUAUCUGGCUCGUUUCCUCGCAAAAGCAAUGGUCGUUGCACCUUACACCCAGUCUGCCAUCCAACCUCUUCUCACGGCCUCUGCCCAAGGCGCUGCCAAAUCCUGCUCCGGACCAUCUGAUGGUGUUACCUGUGGUCAGAAGUGGUACACGGGCUUUGAUGGAAAAUAUGGCAUUGGACAGGAACUCUCAGCCCUCGAAGUCACUCAAGCUCUCCUUAUCAAUGAGGCACCUGAGUUGAUGAAUCACAACAACGUCAAGAUCAAGCCAGCAACCACCUCGAGCACACUUGAGCCGACGGUUAGCAUCGGACCGGCGAGUGUGAGUCCGCUUCUUACGAGCACAUCUGCCAAGACCACGCCUACCAGAUCAGUCACAUCCAUGACCAAGUCCACCUCCACAUCUACGUCCGCGGCUGCAUCCUCGAGCACUGGCGCUGCUGUGAUGAACACUGCUAUUCNNCCUCGCGUUGGUGCUUUGGUCGGUGGUGCUUGGAUCGGAGCAGCAAUCUUGCUGUAA